AUGGCAAAGGCCCAGCGCAUCAGCGUGGCGAAGUCACACGCGUCUCGCUCCAAGAGACAACCCACCGCCUACAACUUGUUCAUAAAAGACAAGCUGCCCAACUACAAGUCCGCCCACCCCAACGUCAAGCAUAAGGAGGCGUUCAAACAAGUUGCCUACCUCUGGAAGUAUGCCGCCGAGAAUCCAAACCGUACGCCCUCUUAG